AUGUUGAUGCCCACCUGUCUUUUAUUUACAUUAUCAUUUUCAGUGGGUGAGGUUUAGCAGAGAUUGAGUCUGACAAGUGCCAUGAAAGCCCCUCCCAAACCCUAAAGAGAGAUUUUCUCCGAUGACAGACAGACAGUUAGAUUGACUGACACAACUCUGCUCAGAUGUUUUCAAAUUCUACUGAUCCAGCUGAUAUCCUUUUGACCAUGGAAGGUUCUGCAUGAUGAUCCGAUCAUGUUUUCUGUGUAUAUAUAAUUAAUAGAUAAGCUGUACAGUUGAGCCAAAAGAAGAAAAAGAAAAAGGGGCAGAAGGAUAUAUAUCACAAUUGGUGUACCGUACAAGUCGGUUGCAGAAAUAUUAUUUUUUUUUUUUUUUUUUCCUUUUCUUUCAAUUUAGGUGUGUACUUUGGUUUCAUAGAUAGAACAGGAUGGCGACGUACUUUAAUCAUGGGAGUUCAGAAAUCCAAGGCCCUGAUGGGUUGCAUACCCUUUAUCUCAUGAACCCCAAUAACUACGUACAAACCUAUUCUGACAGCACAACAUCCCAACCGCCGCCACCUCAUCCAGCCGCCAACAUGUUCCUUCUCAACCCAAACCAACUCCAACAGCACCACCACAGCCGACACUUGACCGGCGUCCCAAUCUCGAGCGCCGGGGCCAACGCAGUGCCCGGAUCCAACAGCGACGACAUUUCAGCCUUCGCAGGCACCUCAACUACUCCUUCUCAUCUUCAAUACAACAUUUGGGGUUCCAUGGAUCAUCAUAAUCAGCGCAGCGUAGGGAUUUCCUCGGCCGAUUUCGCAUCCCAGAUGGGUUUUCGCAGGCAAGUGGUUUCACCGACGCAACAAGCUUUGUCGCUGAGCCUUUCGUCGACACAUCCGCAGGCAGCUUAUGCUGCUGCUUCUCUUUCUGGAGAGAUUGAGGUUGUUCCUACUAUGUUGCCGACAGGUGGCCAUGACAGUAUUCGAAGUUUUGCUGGCAAUUCUUUGUCGUCGACAGUCUCCAAUAAUGGAAUUGGUACUAGUGGCCAACUGCAAAGCGUGCUUUUGGGGUCAAAGUACUUGAAGGCCGCGCAAGAGCUUCUGGAUGAAGUUGUUAAGGUUGGUUCCAAGGGAGGAAAGGACGCUGUCGACUCAGCCAACGGCGCGUCCAAAGACAAAGCCAUGAAGAGUUAUAGGGAGAGCACGCCGCCACCCGAAAUGGGAGGCAGUCGAAAUAGUGGUGGGGAGAGUAGUAGUUCUAAGAUAAGCGCUGAACUCUCCACAGUGCAAAGACAGGAACUUCAAGUAAAGAAAGCCAAACUAGCUAGCAUGCUUGAUGAGGUGGAGCAAAGGUACAGGCAGUACCACCAACAAAUGAACGUUGUUAUCUCAUCGUUCGAACAGGCAGUGGGAUUUGGCUCAGCAAAAUCAUACACGGCGCUGGCUCUGAAGACGAUCUCGAAGCAAUUUCGGUGCCUAAAAGACGCCAUAUCAGCCCAAAUCAAGGCCACAAGCAAGACCUUGGGAGAAGAAGAAUGUUUGGGUGUGAAGAUUGAGGGCUCGAGGUUGAGGUUUGUGGAUCAUCACCUUCGACAGCAACGGGCGUUGCAACAGCUGGGAAUGAUGCCACACAAUAAUAACAAUGCUUGGAGACCUCAGAGAGGCUUGCCUGAACGAGCUGUUUCAGUUCUUCGUGCUUGGCUCUUCGAGCACUUCCUUCACCCGUAUCCCAAGACCGCGGACAAAGUUAUGCUUGCGAAACAAACAGGGCUUACUCGGAGCCAGGUUUCUAACUGGUUCAUAAAUGCCCGAGUUCGCCUGUGGAAGCCAAUGGUAGAAGAAAUGUACAUUGAAGAAACCAAAGGUCAUGAAGAUCAACUAAAAGGUAUAAACAACGCAAACAAAAACGAUGCAAACAAAGAAUCUACCACUGGAGCAGCAGCAAAUUCAACGGCUGAUGAUCGAAGUAAUAAUGCCUUCCAAUACUCAAAGUCCGAUCAUAACCAUCUGCAGAAAAAUCACUCUUCAGCUGACCAAAUCUCGAGUUCAUCGUUUUCGACUACUCCAAUGGGCAGGUCCUUCCAUGGGAGUCCAAAGAAACCGAGGAGUACUACUACUAAUUCUGAAGUGCAGAAUUCUUCAAGUAGUAUUCUCUCAAUUGGUCACAUGGAUAUGAUGAAAGGUAGUACUGAUCAGUACAACAGACCAGAUAAUGUUGCGUUUGGUAGAUCAGAAAGGCAAAUAAGUACGUACCCAGUUGGAUUUGGGACAUACCAAGUUGGUGAUUUGGGACGAUUUCACUCCAGAGAUCAUCAUGAUCAUGAAUUAAUGGCUCCAAGUUUAUUCCAUGGGAAUGCAGUUUCACUCACUCUUGGUCUUCCCCACUGUGAAAACCACACUCUUUCUUCAGAAACUGCUCAACAAAGCUUUCUGUCCAAUCCGCAGAACAUUGAUCCUUUGUUUGAUUAACCCCACAUAAGAGAAAAUCUCAUAGAUGAGUGACUUUUGCUCCUUGGAACUAUUUUAACCGAAAAGUUUUUCAAAGCCAAAUUAGGAUAAGAAGAGGAAAAAGAAAAAUCAAAAGGAGAGAAAGAGAUAGAGAGAAAGAGAGAGUGAGUGGGUCAUCUUUUGAAUUUCACAUCAAGUAGUCUUUUCGCCUUCACUUCUCUUUAUCUUCAACGUUGGACACCCCCCCCUCUUAGUAGAUGGGUAUAUAUGAUGAUUAUUAUUACGCUGUCAAUCGAAAAAGAAACUUUACUAUAGGAUUACACAGCUGCAGAAAACAAUUCACUGUUUUUUACUUUUUUUUUUUCUUUAGUUUGUUUUGCUUGGAUCAAUUAGUCUUUUCUUACGUAGGCCACAGGGAUUGAGUUUACAUAUAAUUAGGUUUGAUAUGGGAGUUGUAUAUUGGAUUCAUAAAAAUAUAUGUCUUCAGCAUUUGGAUAUAUAAAUUAAAGGAAUGUUAAAUA